AUAAGCCUCUUUUGCGGGAAUUGUGAAAUUAAAGACUCUUAUCUUGCAAAUCAGACAACAAACUUGGUGCCGUUCUUUCAAACGGCUGCUGUAACUUUGUUAGCGCCAUACCGACUGACGGUGUAUUUUAACACUAUCCCUUCGCCUAAUCAAUCGUCGGAGACUGCCACUAAUUGGACUCUUAGACGUCGGAGAUAAUCACUAUUCUGGAUGAUUUAGAUAACCAGGCGAUUAACCAAACCAGAUAAAAUUCUUGUUUAAAAAAGAAAACAAUUUACCAAACAAGAUCAUCAAAAAAAAUGGUGAGUUACAUUUACGUUUAAUUCUUCAGUCACCAUUAGAAUGUCUGCUGGUAUUGCACCUUUGGGAAGCUUUGGAGUUUCUCCAAGAGUUUCUAGGAUUUACGAUGAUUUUGAUGAGAAAAAAGAACAUCUAGAUGGUACUGUCUCAAGCGUUGAAGCAGUUAGUCACAGCAAUGAGAAGAAUGUCCACAAUUUGCCAUUGCAGGCAUAUCUCCAUUAUGCCGAAGUACAACGUGAGUGUGAGAAAGAGAAUGAUUUGGAUAAACUAUACGAUAUUCAGACCGAACAGAUGCGGACGGAGCCAAAGUGUAACCUGUCUGAAGAAAAGCUUCAAGUGCAAAGGAAGUUGAGAAUUGCCAAGAGCGCAGCGGUCUUUUUCUUAAUCACAACCGAUAUUUUAGGACCAUUUAAUGCUCCUUACGCUGUGGCACAAAUGGGGUAUGUGCCAGGUGUUAUUCUCUAUGUUUUGUUCGGAAUAUUUGCUGCUAUUUGUGGGUACUUCUUGAAUAUCUGCUUCGUGAAAACAGAUUCAAACAAUUUUCCAAUUAGAACUUUUGCCGACGUCUCAGCUCGAGCCAUUAGUGGAAAGGUCAGAGUAUUUUUCGCCAUUUUUCAAUUCAUCCAGAUGAUUAUGACUGUUGCGCAGUGUGUUCUUGGGGCAGCGUCUUCUUUGGCUCAACUUCUUGAUACAAACCUCGGAAGAAAUACCUUAUGCUAUACAGUGAAUAUUUUGGUUUGGUCAAUCCUAGGUAUGAUAGUCGGUCAGAUCAAAACAUUGGCAAGAUUUUCCCGUAUCUCAAAUCUUGCUGUCUGGAUCACUGUUGCUGUUUGUGUGAUGACAAUGGUGGGCUCUGCUACUUCUGGCCCAAAUUAUCAGAUUUUCUGGUCCAACUAUGGUAAAGUCUGGCCCUAUACUGUGCCAGUUUUCAAGACCGCUAUAAUGACUGGUAGUCUUUCCAAUAAAAUCAGUGGUAUGAACAAUAUGGUUUUUGCUUGGGGAGGAGCCACAGUGUUUGCGGAAGUUAUGGCAGAACUCAAGCGCCCAAUGGAUUUUUGGAAAGGAAUGGUAUGUGCUCAAGCGUUCAUCCUUAUUGUCUAUUUAUUCUUCGGGCUUUUUGUUUAUUCUUACUUGGGCCAAUACUGUUUUGUCACAGCUUAUCAAUCUAUCACUUCAGUCAAGCUUCAAAAUGCCAUGAACGUCAUUGUUAUCAUAUCUUUCAUGUUGGCAGCAGUUCUUUAUGGUAAUGUUGGUCUCAAAUCAGCAUACAAUGGUAUUUUCGUUCCUGAUUUCAACUUCCCACUACUCAGCACAAGGAAAGGGAAUCUUUUGUGGCCUGUUUUGGUCGUCGUAUAUUGGGCUGUGGCUUAUAUUAUCGGAUCAGCAAUUCCAUCAAUCAGCACUCUAGUCAGUAUCAUUGGUGCCUUCUGCAUCUACAAUCUUUCUUAUACGUUUCCCUUCAUGUUUCUCCUUGCUCUGAUGUGGCGUAUGGAUGCAGGCAGCUUAGAUGCUUUUGAUCUUGUGACUAUGACCGUCACUAAAGCCGAUACCUACAAAAACUGGUCAAGGUGGAAGCGUGCCAUUACUUCUGGAGGGUGGAAGCGGACUCUCGCAAAGGUGGCAUUAUUCUUACUCUCUUUGGCUUCACUAGCUAACUGUGGUCUAUGUGCUUACACUGCCGUUGAAUCCGCAAUUGAGACAUACAGCAAUUCUGUAGCUUCGCCUUUCACAUGCACUGCUCCAGUUUAACAUAAGUACGAAUGUAUAAUUAAACAAAAUUUUGUCCAAUCAGAUCUGAUUUGUAACGUCAUGUGGUGAAAACGCUCAUAUGCGUGAUUAUCAAAGUGGGUCAUGCUAAGCUUUCGAAGGAGUUUGUUGUCCCUAAUAGAAUGAAAACUUGAGAGCUAACAACUACCACAUCUCUCUUGACAUGUCUGUGACUAUAUUUAUC